AUGGAUCUAAACUACCUCCCGGUCCGCAUCCAUUACCGCUUUUGGGCAAUAUAUUGUGUAAUAUUCAAAUGCAAAGAUCAUUGGGAUGUUGUGUUCCGACAAAUGGCUGAAAAGUAUGGCCCGGUAUUCACUAUAUGGUUGGGACCAAAACCACAAGUGAUGAUAACUGACAUCGAUUUGGCCCGAGAGGCGUUCAGGAAGAAUGAUAUGGCCGGUCGUCCCGAGUCUUAUUUUGAUUUUCAUCUUAUCACUAUGCAAAAUGGGUCUCAAUUUUCAAACGAUAAAUUCCAAGACGUGGUGUUUACUGAUUACGGACACACGUGGGAGGCAUUAAGACGUGUGGCUCACUCGGCACUACAAAAAUACUCAGUAAAUGAAAGAUUGGUUUCUGUGGCCACCGAUUGUGUCGACAAAACUGUUAAAACAAUUUUAGAUAAAGAAGGAGUGGACAAACCCUUUUCACCCAUUGAUUACAUUUAUUUAAUGUUUUUGAAUAUCUUAGCCACGAGUACUGUCGGACAUAACUACGAUAUCGAGGAUAAGGAAUUUAAACAUUUUUUAUAUGUUUUACGCGAUUUUAGUCGAGAAGUCGGGAGUCGUGUUAUAUUGUGGGAAUUCUCACCAUUAAUAAGAUUUUUGGACAAAAAAAUGGUUACAAAACAGGAAAAGCUAUUCAUUGAUUCCAUUGAUAUCAUCAAAAAGAAAUAUAUUAAACAUUACGACGACUAUAACGAGUCAAUUGAGAGAGACUUUUGCGAUGCACUCAUCAGUGCUAAGAAUGACGCCCUCAGAGACGGCAAAGAGUCGGCCCCUUAUCUCACGGAUACCAACCUUUCAAUGGCUAUUUUUAACAUGUUCUUCGCCGGAACCGAUACCUCUCAAAUGACAUUUCAAUGGGUUUUACUAUUUGUUUGCUAUUAUCCAGAAAUGCAGCAAAAGUUGAGACAAGAGAUUGAGUUUCAAAUCGGAGACCGAAUGCCAACACAUGAGGACAGGAAUCGAUGCCAUUAUGUCAUGGCUUUCAUCGCAGAAACAAUGAGAUACAGAAAUGUUGUGCCCACCGGUGUUCCCCAUAAAGCUCUUGUUGAUACUAAACUUGAUAAAUAUACUAUACCUAAAAAUAUGUCAGUUAUGGUAUACCAGGGAAUCAUAUGUCGUAAUGACAAGGAUUGGCAAAAUGCCGAUGAAUUCAAACCCGAGAGGUUUAUUGAUAGUGAGGGACAGUUCAUCACAACCCGACCCAAGGCCUACAUACCCUUCGGUGUGGGCCGUCGUGUCUGUCCGGGAGAGAAGUUAGCCAUCGCUGACCUGUUCCUGCAAACAAAAUGUAGAAUACCCUUCGGUGUGGGCCGUCGUGUCUGUCCGGGAGAGAAGUUAGCCAUCGCUGACCUGUUCCUGGUUUUGGUCCGAUUUCUUCAGUCCACACAAGACUAUGAUAUAGUGCUCGACAGUAACGGUGGUUUUGUCGAUUACUCUUUGUAUAAAAUGCAGGCAUUGUUGACCUGUUCUUCAUUUUUAUCCAAUCUCGAGUCCGCACAACACUAUCAUAUAAAUCUAUACAUUGUUACGAUAUUCAAACGGAAAGAUCAUUGGGAUGUAGUGUUCAGAGAACUGACCAAAAAAUACGGCCCGAUAUUCACUGUCUGGUUGGGGAAUACCCCUCAAGUGAUGAUAACUGACAUCGAUUUGGCGAGAGAUGCCUUCAGGAAGAAUGAUAUGGCCGGUCGUCCCUCACCCGCCGAGUCUUAUUUUGGGUCUCAAUUGUCAAAUGAAAAAUAUCAAGAUGUGGUGUUCACUGAUUACGGGCCUCAAUGGGAGGCGUUGAGACGAGUGGCACAUUCAGCCGUACAAAAAUACUCAGUAAACGAAAGAUUGAUUACUGUGGCCACCGAUUCAGUCGAUCCCACGAGCAAUUUCGGAGAAACCUAUGAUAUGGAGAACAAAGAAUUUAAACAAUUUAAAUAUCUUUUACGGGACUUCGCUAAGGAAGUCGGGCCUCGGUUUCUAAUGUGGGAAUUCUCACCGAUUGUCAGAUUUUAUGACAAGAAAUUGGUUACAAAACAUAAACGUUUAUUCGCGGAGGCGAUUGAUAUCGUUAAAGGAAAAUAUACUAAACAUUACGACGACUAUAACGAGUCAAUUGAGAGAGACUUUUGCGAUGCACUCAUCAGUGCUAAGAAUGACGCCCUCAGAGACGGCAAA